UUCUGACUUUCGCUUGUGUGUCUGUUGACCAAUCGUGAGCUCCUGAGGGCAGGAAUAGCGUGUGGAAACAGGACCGAGCGUGAACACCUGGACUGGUCUCUUGCGGCGUGGCAGCUGUGACCACAGGUGACCACCUGCCCCCCCACAGGCCCUGCUGGGUUCACAGCCGUGCGUGUGCCUGUCCCGAAUGCCAGCUCCGCACAGGGCCCUCGUGUGGCUGCAGUGAGAGCUCAGACCCACGGUGCUCUCUGCCCCUUUCCUGGCUUUAGUGCUGUGGGUGGCAGUAAUUCUCCUGAAUGGGUCACGCAGGGCCGAGUCCUGUGGGCACGGCUUGUGGUUUUAGGACACCGGCACGUGUGGCCCAGAGAGCCGGUGUUUAUUUCCUGACCUCAAGCAGCUCAAAGCCGCACGUAGAGUGAAGCUCCCCCUCUGCGACUGGUAGAAAAGCUGGUCGGUCUAAACUGUCACCUUAAACACAGCAGCGAGGAGGAAAGGGGUGACGCUGGAAAGGACAGCCGUGCAUGCGUGUGUAGCUUCCCAUCACUCGGGGUGCUGUGUUCCUCACGCAGCGGCGUGCUGCCGUCAGCAUGGCCAGCCCAAGAACCAGGAAGGUACUUAAAGAAGUCCGGGUGCAGGACGAGAACAAUGUUUGUUUUGAGUGUGGCGCAUUCAAUCCCCAGUGGGUCAGUGUGACCUACGGCAUCUGGAUCUGCCUGGAGUGCUCGGGGAGACACCGCGGGCUUGGGGUUCACCUCAGCUUUGUGCGCUCUGUCACCAUGGACAAGUGGAAGGACAUUGAGCUGGAGAAGAUGAAGGCAGGUGGGAACGCCAAGUUCCGGGAGUUCCUGGAGGCUCAGGAGGAUUACGAUCCCCGCUGGUCCCUGCAGGAGAAGUACAACAGCAGAGCCGCGGCGCUGUUCCGGGAUAAGGUGGCCACCCUGGCCGAAGGCAGAGAGUGGUCUUUGGAGUCCUCACCUGCCCAGAACUGGAUUCCACCUCAGCCCAGGACGCUGCUGUCCUCCACCCACCGAGGCCCCGGCCAGACGCAGAACGUGACUGCCGCCUCUGACAAGGCUUUCGAAGACUGGCUGAGUGACGACCUCGGCUCCUAUCAAGGGGCCCAGAGCAAUCGCUAUGUGGGGUUUGGGAACACGCCGCCGCCUCCGAAGAGGGAAGAUGACUUCCUCAACAAUGCCAUGUCGUCCCUGUACUCGGGCUGGAGCAGUUUUACCACUGGAGCCAGCAGGUUCGCCUCGGCCGCGAAGGAGGGCGCCACAAAAUUUGGAUCCCAAGCAAGUCAAAAGGCUUCGGAGCUGGGCCACAGCCUGAGCGAGAGCGUCCUCAAGCCUGCGCAGGAGAAGGUGAAGGAGGGGAGGAUUUUCGACGAUGUGUCCAGUGGGGUCUCUCAGUUGGCGUCCAAGGUCCAGGGAGUCGGCAGUAAGGGAUGGCGGGAUGUCACCACCUUUUUUUCUGGGAAGGCAGAGGACUCCUCGGAUGGACCCCCAGAGGGCCACGGUUACCAGAGCAGCGGCGGGGACAACUCGCAGAGCAGCGCCAUAGACCAGAGCUUCUGGGAGAGCUUCGGAAGCGCGGAGCCCUCCAGGGCCCGCAAGUCCCCCAGCAGUGACAGCUGGACGUGUGCUGACACCUCGACGGAGAGGAGGAGCUCGGGCAGCUGGGAAGUGUGGGGCUCGGCGUCCAACCACAGGGACAGCAACAGCGACGGCUGGGAGAGCUGGGAGGGCGCUGGCGGGGAGGGCAGGGCCAAGGCCGCCAAGAAGGCAGCGCCGCCGGCUGCGCCUGCCGACGAGGGCUGGGACAACCAGAACUGGUAGGGCCCUGCACGCCCCAGCCCUGGCGCCCUCGGUCCCUGCGUUUGCACUCUGCCCUUCCUCCCGCUCCCGUCGGACCGAGAACCAGCCACCCAGCGUGCACACGGCUCCCAGGAGGCAGGGCCCUGGGGACUCGGGUCGGUGCCGUCUGGCCGGGGGGGCUGGCUCGCUCUCCAGGGCCGUGUGGGGGACGCCUGCCCAUCCCGCACCCUCUGAGUCACCUCCUGGGACUCUGUCGGGUCUCGGGACCGGGCGCUGUCCGCUGCCAGGCGGUGGAUGCGGGCACAGAGCCCUGGGACCAGCCGGCAGCCAGUUCACCAGGAAGCACCCCCGGGGGCUGGGACCGCGCCAUGUGCAGUGCUGUCAGCGACGGGCUGUUCCUUUUCGUUGAAAUGUUGUUUUUUACCGUUAAA